AUGGAGACAGUGUUUGAAGAGAUGGAUGAACAAAGCACAGGAGGAGUUUCAUCUUUGGAAGAAGAAAUAGUCCUUGGCCAGAGACCCCAUAUAAGCUUUCCUUUUAGCAUUCUCUUCUCAACCAUUCUCUACUGUGGUGAGGUUGCCUUUGGUUUAUAUAUGUUUGAAAUGUAUCGAAAAGCUAAUGACAGAUUCUGGAUGUCAGUUACCAUCAGCUUUAUUAUUGUGGGGGUAAUUUUGGAUCAAAUAACCCUGAUGUUUUUCAACAAAGACUUGAGGAGAAAUAAGGCUGCAUUACUUUUUUGGCACAUUCUUCUUUUAGGACCUAUUGUGAGGUGUUUGGAGACCAUUGUCAAUUACCACAAAUUGUUGAAAAAUCUUAAACAGGAGAAGGAAGAGAGUCAAGUUAGCAUCACAAAGAGAAACACGAUGCUGGAAAGGGAGAUUGCACUCUCAAUCUGGGAUAUUUUCAUGCAGCAGAAGGCUUUCAAGUACAUGUCAGUGAUUCAGGCUUUUGUCAGUUCUGUUCCACAAUUAAUUUUUCAAAUAUAUAUCACUCUCACUAUAAGAGAAUGGCCUUUGGGUAGAGCAUUGCUGAUAACAUGUUCCCUGUUAUCAGUUACUUAUGGGGCCAUUCACUGCAAUAUACUGGCCAUCCAGAUCAGCAAUGAUGAUACUACCAUUAAGCUACAGAUGAUAGAAUUCAUCUGUGUCAUGAUAUGGCGUUUUUUGGAGAUUAUCUCACGUGUAGUGACUCUGGCACUUUUCACUGCAUCUCUGAAACUGAAGAGCCUACCCUUUUUAUUAAUCAUAUAUUUUGUAUCAUUGUUGGCACUGUGGCUGGAGUUUUGGAAAAGUGGAGCUCAUCUUCCUAGCAACACAGAAAAUAAUUCCAAUAUGGUGGGGACAGUACUGAUGCUUAUCUUGAUCACGCUACUAUAUGCUGCCAUCAACUUCUCCUGCUGGUCAGCAGUGAAACUGCAGUUGUCAGAUGAGGAAAUAAUUGACAGGAGACAGAGGUGGGGCCAUAGAAUCCUACACUACAGCUUUCAGUUUUUAGAAAAUGUGAUAAUGAUAUUGGUAUUUAGGUUCUUUGGAGGGAAAACUUUGCUGAAUUGUUGUGACUCAUUAAUUGCCAUGCAGCUCAUCAUAACCUACCUAUUGGCCAUUGGCUUUAUGCUCCUCUUCUAUCGGUAUUUGCACCCAAGGUGGUCAGGCAAAGUGUUGCCAGGAUGUACAGAAAAUCAGCCAAAAGCACCGUAA